AUGACGCCAGGCAAACUACACAAGCAUCAUCUUACUCCACACUCUCCGGAGCACUUGACCCUGUACCGGCUCAGUCAACGACCCAUCUCCCCAUACUCAGCUGUCCCACAUUCGUUCAGUGGCAGCUAUGAGGCAUCUUCUGCUCGCUCCACUUACCCAUACCCUGAGAGGAACGUUUUGCACCCUGCCAAAUAUACGACCAACAUGCCGCCCGCUGCGCCCCAAAAGAUGUACAAGACUGUCAUUCCUUCGGGAUUUCAUCGGCUCCCGCAGCCAGUUAUCACUGACAAAUCCGCCUCUCCAUCAUCGUGGAGUAGGAUUGGAUCCCAGCAUGCUGCCAUCAAAUUUAACAGGAAGGGCGGGGGGACGCCGUUCCGUGUCGACGAACUGACUGAGCUCGAAGAUAAGCCAGAGGUGGAAGGAGGCGAUGACCAGGUCUUUAGUGGCAUAGGGGAGAGAUUUAUUAAGGUCUUCAUUACGUGGCCUGGAUACAGUCAAUUCGUUGUUGAAAGACGGAUCUGCACCGAAAAUGGAACUCUCAAGAAGGAGAGAUUGCUCAAGUUGUUGGCGAAGUACAUCGAGGACCUCGUGCACGAUAUCCACCGAAAAUCGAUAACUGUGGAAAAAGGAUACGAGAAAUACGGGCUUGAGUGGAAGCCACGUGGGUUUCUCAGUAUCUGGAGAGACUGUUUGAUUACUAGUCUUGUUCAUAAAUCGGGAUCACACUGGCAGAUAGAACUUCAUGUAAGGGCUUGA